CCCACACUUCCCCCUGGAUCCUAUUAGCUAAAUCGUGGCUAUACAGCACUUUAACAGGAUGUGUCGGAGGUAAUCCUCACGUUUAGAGUUUUACCCCCAGCAAACCUUGUCUGUAAGCAUCCUGGACAAGACACCCAGAGUGCAAAGCCUAUUAGCCCCAAUUAGCACCCAGGAUGUCCUAGAAACACCUCAGGGAUAAAUAUGGGGGGGGCACAGUGGGUUGAUGUGGUGCUAUGCGGCCAGCAUGACACACCUGACAUAUAGACAUAUGCCAUACGCUCAGAAAUGUAGUUUUGUGUGCAGUCAACUCUUUGCUCGGGGGCCGCUGUAAGGAAACGCAUCUCGCUUGUUGAAGGAUUAUCGGAUUACCUCAACAUUUAAACAAUCAAAUUGUGUUAAUCCUGCCACAUUUGUGGCGACAAAAUCAAUAUGAAAAAAAAAUGUUUCAUGAACCCCGAGGCGAUCGCAGCAAACAAAAAUGAGAGGCGUUUUUAAUUCGGGUUCAGGGGAAGUUUAGAGAUUAUUUAUGGUUGUUUAGCAAAACAUUCUUGUUGGAAUGGUAAUAAUUCACUCAUGGAUAUGAAUACACUCAAAAUAGGAGGAAAAAGGCAUCAGUUAAUCCUGUCAUUCAUCAAUUUAUUUUUGCGUCACAAAUGAUUAUUAAAAUAUUUACAAUUGAUUAAAAAAUACAAACAAAAUGAAAACCAAAUGAUUGAUACUGUAUUAAUAACCCACAUUUUUUACAUUACUAUUAUUAAACAAUUUUUUCUUUGUAUUGCUUUUUAAUUAUGUUGCAAAUAACCUCACCUCACCUCAUUGUCGAUUUAUUCUCAAUACUGGUGUGUAAACAAUAGUUCAGAAGAAUUCUCCAACGUCAUAAGUAAUAUUCUUAUUUUCAAAAGAGAAUAGCCUUAACGAAAGGUGAGCGAGCGCUGGCAGUAUUUGUGUGACAGGCGGCUGGCUGCCUAAUGCGCAGGGGAUUGGACUCCUUGGGACUUACUGUUGCCCACGUAAUCCCAUUACAAGAAUGAAUUAAAGGGAAAAAUUGCUGACGACUUAUCUGCAGCCUAUAGAGGAGGUCAUAUCAGACAUUGUCUCGCCUUUUCUUAAUCCUCCUGACAAACACAUACACACACAUGCACACAAACAUACACGCACGCGCACACGCACACGCGGUAAAGCUUCACCGACUCUCAGUUACACAUGGACAAUUCCAUUAUACGCAGCUUGUCAGCGGCAAGCGGUGAUUGAACAAUUAAAGCAGGGUCAAGGCCUAAAAAGGGUCGCAGGGUAAAUCCUCUUGCGAACCCAUCAAUCAUACCAUACUCUUCUGCAGAACAUUCAUUCGAAUUGAAGGAAAGAUAAACACCCCUUUACUUUCCUUUUUUUAAUCAAAAUUACUUUGGAGAAGUUGUUUGAUUCUGUGGCUCCUAAGUGUUUCCAGUUUUACUCAAGUCAAGGUACCACAUAUGGUUUCUACAAGACAUACAAAAAUAUAGAUUGGUUUUAUUUAAAGGUUCUAAGUUACCGAUUAUUGUUCCUUUCCCUCCAAAACUACUCAAUACAUUUUAAAUCAUAGGUCUAGUUGAAGUCAUUUUUUUGCUCUAUAAAAAUCCUUUUUUUCCCCAUUUGCUGAUUGGCUGAGAGUAGUCACAUGAUCAUCAACAUGAAGUUACCAAAUCUGACACUUGUCAAUUGAUGAAAUGGACGCCGAUGCUGUUUAAACUAACAACGUACAGCAUCGUGUCAAGUGCUUCCAUUUCAGCACGUUCUUUCCGGAAGGACUCACCUUGAAAAUCCAGCGAGCGAAUCUUUGUUUCACUUCAGAACCAAUAAGAAAAUAAGACCAAAAAAAACAGCUUUGAACAUCCGAUCGGAAGCGUCCCGUUCCGUCCCUCGACGCUUUCUCAGCUUCCCGCCACACCAGCCAGCUGCCUAACUACCUUAACUAAAAAAGACCUUCUAAAUACCGAUUGGUUUCAUCUCCAUUAGCGUGCCUUAUCCGCGGCGGUAAGCCCUCCCUCGCCCUGACAUCACUGCGAUCUCCCCCGUCCAACUGGCCGGGUGCACCUUGCAAAAAAACUCAUGUGUAAUUACUGAAGCAGCACUGCUCCUUAAGCGCUAAACCUCUUUGGACGUUUACCUCACUAAUCCCUUGUUAGCACUUUAGGCCAUAGUUAAGACACCUAAACGCUUAGCUCCCUUUUUGCACCGGCAAAAUAAGCAAAGACCUCCCGCUCAGAAGCCUGAUGCCGCAACGCUUGGAAAAUCCUUCCAUAAGUCUUGUUUGUGCCUUUUAUUUGAUGGAGUGUUGCAAUCAACGGGGUGCCGACCUAUUGGCCCAAACAUGCUUGCUGGUUCUUUAUUAGAAUUACCUCUAAAUUGGCCAGAUCAUCUACUCAGACCUCCUAAGAUGACAGUUUGUGCCCACCAGCCGCUACUGCUUUUGAGGCGGGUUUUCUAAACGGGACCACUGUCCACGGGCCACCGACGUUUCCGCAAAAUUAAGACGUAAGGGUAGAGUCCACAUUUAUUGACCUUUCAUACAGAACACAGCAAAGCGGGACGGUUGAAGGCGGGUGGCUAGCCCUGAUAGCCUUCAGAAAUAGGUUGCAAUUGCAGUGGAUAGAUAGAUAGAUGAAGUCAUGUAGCCAUAUAUAGUUACCGUAUUUUCCGGACUAUAAGGCGCAACGGACUAUAAGGCGCACCUUCAAUGAAUGGCCCAUUUUAAAACUUAAUCCUUAUAUAAGGCGCACCGGACUGACUAUAAGGCGCACCAUUAAUGCAUCAUGUCAGAUUUUUAAUCCAAAUCAAAUCAUUCUCCAUUUUAUCUUUUUUAUUUCAACUUCAGAUGCAACAAAUGACUUUAAAUCACAAAAUAAUGAUCCAUAGUCUUUUUGAUUCAUGAUUCAUAGUCUUCAGCAGGCCACUUAUGCUUGAUUUCAUGACACAAUGCUUCGGGCCAGUUUGAAUUUAGUCCAUAUAUAAGGCGCACUGGACUAUAAGGCGCACUGUCGGCUUUUGAGAAGAUUUUAGGUUUUUAGGUGCGCCUUAUAGUCCAGAAAAUACGGUAUAUAGCCUCCUGGACAACAGGAUCUGCAUUCAUCUAGCCAUGCCUUUCACGCAGAAACCCAGUGAAGCGGAACAAAUAAAGGCAUGCAAAUAACCUCAGUAAACUUAAAUAAUAUAUCGGGCUGAAAGUGGAUAAAUGAAAUCAUAACGAUGCUUCCAUGCCAAGAGCCUGCAUUUAUUUUUCCUGUGCCUUUCACUUAGAAGUUAGCAAAGAACAAAAGAAAUGAAUGCAAGAGCCUCACCAGCCUUCAAUCAUUGGCACUCUGUCGGCAACAAAUUUUAGGGAACGUUUCGAUCAGAGAUGAAUUUGUCUCGAUGUUUUUCUGCACUGAUCUGCACUUGUUUUUUCUUUAGAGUCUAAAGAAAAAAUGAUUGUGAAAAGCUGAUGUUCUAAAGUUUAGAACAUCAGCUUUUCACAAUAAUAAUAAGAAUAAUGAAUGAAAGUAUGCUAAUAAACUCACCAGCCCUCAAUAAUCGAUCAGCCUGCUCUGUAGAGAUGAAGACUUUCCACCUAAUUAGCGCAUCAGAGGAAUAAUGGUAGAGUCCUUGUCUUUUUUUUAUUUUUUUUUAUGCCUAUACUUUUCAAACAGAACCCAGUGUCGCCCCUUUUAAAUUGUAAACAGCCAUGACAUCACAAUUGGUCAAUAAACGAUAGCCUACCACGAGCGACACUAGCAACAUUUUGCGCUCCAAAAGGCCUAAUAAAGGACUUUGGAAUUAAGCAUUAGGACUUAAAAAACAUCUAAACUGGUCAUUUAGGAAUCUGUGUAAGCUUUUUAUGAGGGAUUUCUGUCCAUCUUGUUUGCAGGCGGCAUUAUAGAGUCACAGUGAGGCAAAGGGAUCACAGCGGGUUUAACCUCCAUGGCUAUAAAUUGACAAACAAGACACUCUUUCUGCUUGGUCCUCUUCUAAUUACAGCUACAAUCUGCCAUCCGGACGUUUCACACUGCCGCCUAAUCCCGCUAAAGUGGAAGCAUUACGUCUUGGUUAAAUCUUGUUUACCUCUUGUUGACUGUGAGCUGAUUGUUUAGGUUGAAUAAUCCCAAAAAUAAGCCUUCAAUCUGAGUGGCGGCACAUUUGGGAACAUGCUGUUGUCAUCAGAAUACCGCAGGAAACGACACCAAUAGGCUGAGAGCUAUUAGCGUAUCCGUUUUGCCAUCAAAAUGCGAUAUAUUACCACCAAAAAAAAAAAAAAACACAGGAAGUCUGCCAUUGUGGUUUGAAGCGGCCAUUUUAAGGACAUAGUCACCAUUUUGUGGACCCAUCAAAAAUGUAUUGUCUUUGGGAUUCUCUCCAUGCUCUACAUUUUUUUUCUACAUAUAAAGCUGUAGCGAAAACCCCCUUCGGAAUUCAAAGAAAUGUUUGUAUGCAGACCCAAUCAAGAUAGUUUUAUAACAUGUGCCGCUACGUCCCUCGUGAUUCCAAUUUGCUGCUAAUAGUUGACUUCAAGUCUGAAAUCAAGUGAAGGCUCCAGCACAAAGGCACAAUUCAUGACGCACUGUGAAGCAACUCUCACUCGCUGCAACACUUCUGCCUGACCACCUCGGAGGUGUCAAAGGUGAAGCUCAUCAUGAAGCUGUUUUUGGCACUGGUGGCAUUCAUCGUACCUCUCGUCAGAGGUCAGGUGCCUCACUGGGGUCCAUGCCCUGAACCCGAUGUUCAAGCCGCCUUCAACCUCAGACAGUUCAUGGGGAGGUGGUACGAAAUCGCCAGACUGCCGACGCAGUUUGAGAAGGGACGCUGCAUCGAGACCAAUUUUACGUUCAGAGGGGACAAAUCCAUUCGAGUGGUCAGCUCGGAAAUACUGAAAGGAGAGCUCAGAAAAAUCGAAGGAACCGGUGUCAUUGAGGAUCAGAAAAAUCCUGCCAAGCUUGGAAUAAGCUUCUCUUACGUGUUGCCAUUUUCUCCCUACUGGAUCCUGUCCACCGACUACGUGAACACGGCGCUGGUGUACUCCUGUACUGACAUCCUGCGUCUCUUCCACCUGGAUUUCGCCUGGAUCCUGAGCCGCACGCGUACGCUGCCCCAAACAACCAUUGACGGCGCCAAGGAGACCUUUGCCAACAACAACAUUGACGUCAUACGCAUGAUGGACACCAAGCAGCAGGGCUGUGACAAAGACGCGCCCUGGAAUGAUGACCAGCUCUUAUAAUUCUUUUUUCUAGUGGCGCUUCUGUUGAGAGGGGAGGAGUUAGUUUUUAUUGUCUGUCUACGUGUGUUGCUGCACCGUUUGAGUUCAGUCCAUUGCUUACUGGCUUACAGCAGCGCAACAUAGAUGAUAUUUAGCAUUAGCAUUCUGCUAGCUGACUGAAAUGCAUGAUUUAAAUAUACCGUAUUUUCCGGACUAUAAGGCGCACCGGACUAUAAGGCGCACCUUCAAUGAAUGGCCCAUUUUAAAACUUUGUCCAUAUAUAAGGCGCAGCGGACUAUAAGGCGCACCAUUAAUGCAAUCACAAUUUAAUAACUUGAAAUGGUGAAAACAAUAGCAUUAUAUCAAUAAUGUUAAUAUCACACAACACACAAAAUAAAUAUGUAAAGUUUACUUUAAUAAGUACGAAACAAAACAGUCAGAUAGAUCAGUAAACUUAAAAAGGUAAAGUUCCAUCCAUCCAUCAUUCUCUAUUUGGUCCAUAUAUAAGGCGCACCGGACUAUAAGGCGCACUGUCGGCUUUUGAGAAAAUUUGAGGUUUUUAGGUGCGCCUUAUAGUCCGGAAAAUACGGUACAAUGUGUGCUUCUCCUUGUGUUAUGUUUAGUUCAACUGGGAGUGACAAUAAACAGCGCGAAACCUCAUUUCACAGACUAAAAAAUAAAAAAAAUGGCUCAUAUCUUAAAAAAGUCAUUAGUCGGGUCAUUGGCAUCUCGAAGCGCCAUUGUGUGCAAGCUUAGCUAUGUUUCCAGACUCCUUGUAUAUGAAUGAAGUCUCAUUAAAAACAAUGAUGCAGUUA